CUGUGAAGCAGCAUGCCAUGAUGAGAGAAGAGUACAGUGAGAGACAAGGGCGAGGGGGCAGUGUCUGUGUGUAUAGAGAGAAGGAGGGAGAGUUUAGAACCAGUUAUAAGUAAGAUAUUGAGAACAAAUUAUUACCAAGUGUGCUGGAAAAAUUGAAUUAGCUGUGGUCAACCAGGCCACAGAAAACUGUUAGUUCAGAGCAGGAGACAAUCGGCAGCAGCAAUCAUAUAGCCCUGCCAAUCACUGGCUGUGUUCAGCUCCUGAGCAGGACUUUGUCUAACACCCAAAGGGAAGAUGUGUGAGGUUGAGCUGUGUACACGCAUGUAUGUCAAGAUGUGCCUUCAUGCUACACGGUACCCGCACUGCGCAGUAAACGGUGUUCUCCUGGGCCGCAGAGGAGAUGGCUGUGUCACGUUGUGUGACUGUGUCCCAAUUGGUCACCUUUUCUUACCAUUGUCACUGAGUCUAGAAGUAGCUCUAAUGCAGAUUGACUCAUGGAGUGCUUCCCAGGGGCUUUAUAUAGCUGGUUAUUACCAAGCAAACUCUGGCCUUAGAGACACCAGCCCCAGCUGUGCAGCCCUUCGAACAGCUUCUUUAAUAUCAGAGUAUCAGGAAGAUACAGUGUUGAUAAUGAUGAAUAAUGAGCGCAUGACUCUAAAUCCUGGCCUUCCUCCUCUCAUCGUUCUGCAUCAGAACAGUAGCAAACAGUGGGUGCCCAAGGAGAAGACUCUGAUUAUGUGGGGUCAUUGGGAGGAGACCCAGCGAAUAACAAGACAGCUCCUUGAGGCUAAAGCUUAUCAGCAGUUGGUUGACUUUGAUACUCACCUUGAUGACAUAAGGGCUGACUGGACCAAUCAGGAACUGAAUGUGGAGAUUGACCGCCUAGCUGCAGUAGCCAAUGGCGAUACAUAACUUGUAGAGAGAGCUUCUGUUAUGGGGGCAAUGUUUUACUGGACUUUAUUACAGGCUUCCCUUGUUUGCUGAUGUGCACACACUUUAUCUACAAUCUAAACAAUGCACUCCAACAGUUUUUAAAUAAAUAUCUAGGCUUAUCAAGAUAA